AGAAAACCUUGCACCAUGUUGCGAAGAAGAAGCCAGUUUUUUGUGUUCAUGGACAAUGCUCUUUCUGUGAAAGCUGAGAAAGAAGAGGAGCAAAAAGAAGAGGAGCACACAGUGACCCCCUUUGAGGAGAAUCUGCAGAUGCUCCUCCAGUUGAAGAUGACCAGUGCUGAUCAGUUUGAUAACUUGGAGAAGCAUACACAGUGGGGGAUCGAGUUUGUGGAGAAGUACACCAAAUUUGUGAAGGAGCGAUCAGAGAUUGAAGUCAGCUAUGCAAAACAAAUUAGGAAUCUUUCAAAGAAAUACCAACCCAAGAAGAAUUCACGGGAAGAGGAAGAGAGCAAGUACACCUUCUGUCGAGCCUUCUUCACGACCCUUAAUGAACUGAAUGACUACGCGGGUCAGCACGAGGUCAUAGCGGAGAACUUGACAUCCCAAAUCAUCACCGAGCUAAUGCGCUACCUGCAGGAGCUCAAGACUGAGAGAAAAUCGCAUUUCCAGGAUGGACGCAAAGCACAGCAGUACAUUGAAAGCUCGUGGAAGCAGCUGGAAUCGAGUAAAAGAAGGUUUGAGAGGGACUGCAAAGAGGCAGACAGAGCACAGCAAUACUUUGAGAGGAUGGACGCUGACAUUAACGUGACUAAGGCUGACGUGGAAAAGGCACGACAGCAAGCUCAGAUGAGGCACCAGAUGGCUUCUGAUAGUAAGAGCGAGUACUCCUCCUACCUGCAGAAGUUCAACCAGGAGCAGAACGACCAUUACUACACAAUUAUUCCCAACAUUUUUCAGAAACUUCAAGACAUGGAAGAGAAAAGGAUCGAGAGAAUAGGAGUGUGCAUGAAGACGUUUGCAGAGGUGGACCGCCAAGUGCUACCUAUAGUGGGGAAGUGUUUAGAUGGCAUGACUACAGCUGCUGAGUUGAUCGAAGCCAAGACUGACUCCAAGCAGGUGGUGGAGGCGUACAAGUCUGGCUUUGAGCCCCCAGGCGAUGUGGAGUUCGAGGACUACGGUCAGGCCAUGAAGAGGACGGUGUCUGAGAACAGCCUGUCUAACUCCAAAGACAGCAAAGAGAAGCCUGCUGGAAAGAGCAAGACCAAACUGUGGCCUUUCAUUAAGAACAAGAACAAGCUUAUGUCCCUGUUAACAUCCCCCCACCAGCCCCCACCUGCCCCCCCAGCCACAUCCCCGCCCUCACCCUCUGCUGUUCCCAACGACUCCCAGUCUCCCAAGCAGCAAAAGGAGCCCCUCUCCCACCGCCUCAACGACUUCAUGACCUCCAAACCCAAAAUGCACUGCCUCCGGAGCCUGAGGCGAGGGCAGCAGUCCCCGCGCUCGCUCAUUUAUCACAAAGAGCUCAUGAAGAGGACUCUGGGUCAACCCACAUAUGCUUUCGAAGCAAGGCAAUAUGUUCUUUCUCUCAAGCUGAUCACACUCAAUUCCCACGUCCGGAGUCUCAUUGAGGGAUCUGGACCAGAGGACUUCAGUCAUCUGCCACCAGAGCAGAGGAGGAAGAAGCUGCAGGGCAAGAUUGAUGACCUCAAUAAAGAUAUUCACAAAGAGAUGGACCAGAGGGAUGCACUAACCAAGAUGAAAGAUGUGUACUUGAAGAAUCCCCAGAUGGGAGACCCAGCCAGUGUGGACCCCCGCUUAUCGGAAAUAGCCCAAAACAUCGACAAGCUCCAGGCUGAAGUGCAGAAGUUUGAGGGCUGGUUAGCGGAAGUAGAGGAGAGGAUGCCUUCUAAGAGCGACACACACCGUAGGAGCGGUCUUUACGAAGCCCAGAGCACAACCACCGUGACCAACAACUGUGCGCAGGACAGAGAGAGGCCCCUGAGCAGCCCGGAUGGCAGCUACACAGAGGAGCAGAAUUCAGAAACUCAGGUCAAAGCCAACAUCAACCCCACCACCAUCCCCACCACCGCGCCGGACUUUGAUGAGGAUUUCGACGACGACGACACCCUACCCACUAUCGGCACCUGCAAAGCUUUGUACCCCUUCGAAGGUCAUAAUGAGGGCACCAUUGCCGUGGCAGAGGGCGAACUUCUGUAUGUCAUAGAAGACGACAAAGGGGACGGCUGGACACGGGUUCGGAGGAACGAAGAGGAAGAGGGAUAUGUCCCAACAUCCUACAUUGAAGUUAAUUUGGAACCAAAUGCCAAAGGCCAGUGGUAAAGGAAUAAAGGAAAAAGAAAUAAGCUGCUCUGAGCUCUAUGAUUCCUAAAAGCGAGAGGCUGGCUGAGGAACGGCAGGGCAAGCAGCCUCGGAGAAAACCACCGUGUGAAAAAGUGAAAGAUGGGCUGAAUCUUAAAAAAAUCUAAGAAAGAGAGAGAGAGAGCGAUGGAUGAUUACAAUGCAGCUGAAAUUUAUAAACAUUUUGACAAAACAAGAAAUUAUCAGCAGUGUCGAGCUUUCUCCGCUCAACAAAAAGAUCAGUUUUAGCUCUCAUAACAUUGUCCAUUUUAACUCCCCACUCAGAUGACAGUACACAAUUUGCUCCUUGUUGUUUUACAGCAGAGCUUUGCUUCUUAAUGUCUCUAACUCUGCUUGCAGCCAUGAAGAGGCUUUUUGGCAUCCUCGCUCCUAAUGCCCCUCGCUGCCCCUUAUCUGGCUCUGUUUUUUUCUUACCCCUGAUCCUUUUGAAGGAUGGGAAAGCGUGUGGUCAGAAACAGGACGGAACAGCAGCAGGAGCUGUUCAGAAGAACAAUCAUCCAAGUCUCAUCUGUGAGAACAUCACCUGCACCUUUCACUCUAAAUAAUAUAAAAUAAAAAAACAGCCAAUCAUUUGCAGGUUUCAUCCAUGCUGAAACCGGAGGAAGCGGCUUUGUUUUUGGUGUUUCUGUUUUGUUUGUCAGACAAUGCUCAGGUUUUCUACCACUCUCCAUCAUUCUCAGAUAUCCAGGAUGGGCCGGAGGUCACAGAUCCAUUUCCUGCCGUCUCUCUCAUCCACACACAAUACUUGUCUUGUCACUGGUGUCUGCUCCUCUCUCUGACCACACCCUUUCCCCACUCUCUAUCCCGCCCCCUCAGGCAGCUAAGGCCACGUGCCUUAUAGCUGUUUCGAGGCCCCGCUCUCUUGUUUUUUUGUUUUGUUUUCAAUUUGCAAUGGCUCGGGGUGCGUGGUGUGGUGCAUGCUUGCCCUGUCUUCCUCCCCGUGCCCUCUGCUGGUGGCUCGGAGAGGCGGCUUACGCUCUCCGUCCUGCUGCUGCUGCCUCGAGCCCUUCUGUUCAGUUAACCCUCAUUGCCUGGUCACACUGUUCAAAUUAACCUGAAUGCUACUGUUUGGGUUUCAGUGCCUGUUUAUUUUUUUAAUUUUUUUUUAUAUUUAUGUCAAUUUCUUUUCUGUUUGUUCAGAAAAGCAUGUUUCCUUGUUUUUAACUGCAAAUAUGUGAUAUUUUCCUCCUCCUUCUCCCAGCGCUCCGAAGUGGAAGUUAGGGAGCCAUAAUGUUGUUUUCUGAUCAAUCUUACAGACGUCUUGUGCAUUUCUUUUACUAUUUGUUUGUAAAGCUUAAAGCAACUUGUGGUUAGUUUACAUACACUGUGAGAAAUGUCUCUGCUUCGUUUAGGCAACUCCAAAAAAACAACAACCCCUUUUUCUACUGUAUAUGAAAAUGUACUGUGAUGAACAUUUUCUGAAGUGUGACAACAUGCAGAUCAUCGCCUGAUUUGAGCCUUAUCCGGGUGGGACGAAAAAGAUGUGGUCCGAUUUUUUUAAUAUCAUGAUGAAACUGUCUGUAGGCAUGGGCUGGAUUACUGCUAUCAAGUAGAGGCGCGGUUUUCUAAACUGCAACAAUUUUCCAACAUAUUAUUUCGAUAGUUUAAAGUGACUGGAGUUCUCCCCCUAAGUAUAAUGAGCAUACAGAAACACUGCCCCCCCCUCCCUUUUGCUGCACACUGUCAAUCAGCUGAUUGAAACAAUGCUGCUGUGAUUUUCCCCACACUGAGAAUAGAUCAGUUCGAGUGUUUGCGCUCACAAACAGCAGGUGCAGUAAAGGUGUGGAAUGUAAACACAUACUGUCACACUGUUUGCUAUCUCACCAUGCAUGCUGACAUAUUGAACAUACUACAUUGUAGUAUGUGUGUCACUUUUGAUGUGCUGCUGUUAGGAAUAGUGCAUGUGUAUUGGGAUCAGGGGUGUGGCAUUUCCAGUGUUCUGCUGGCUCACGAUUGGGUAUGUUCCUUUUGACUAUAUGUCACCAUCAUUUUGUUCAUAUUUAAGGAUCAGCUGACCAUCUGGAAAUAAAAUGUAAAUUCUCCAAGAGUCUAUCCAAGUGGUCAUACAAUUAUAUGCUGAAAUAAUUAACAGUUCAAUCAGAACAUUAAUUUCACUUUGAAUUUUAAGCAUCCAGCAUGCCGAGGUGAGCGAAUCUUCAUUAGUGCAGACAGCAGAGCAUGGCAUGAGAUUGAUUAAUCUUAUUCUUGGGUUGUUGUGUUUUUGAGCUGUGGUAGUGUCAAUUCUUUAGCAGCAACACACUUGAGGUAUACAUAACACGCAAGAGUUGUGGCAGACAAGUGGCAGAGUUUUAGUGUUAAAUGCACAGUUUGGUGAUGCCAGAUGUCAUUUUCCUACAGCAUUGUAUCUUCCUACUCCAAGGAAAGCCAGAUGCCCAACACUGUGACUGGGAAUAUAUAGGAGCACAAGACUGUUUUAAUAAAAAGCAGUUAGGUCACGUGGUGCAUUUUUAUUAUAAUUCUUUGAGCUAAUACCUUGUAGUGUUUUAACUCAUGGUUAUCCAUACCGUACGAAACUCAUACCGGCCCAUGCCUAACUCUCAGACUGGAAGACUACAACUCUUCUCCACAUUCAGUGGCACAUAGUGUACAAGAUUUUAACUUUAAAAAAAAUAUAUGUUCUUUGAGAUUCUUCUUUUUUUCCGCUGAUUUCUUUUCGUUGGAAUAUUCUGUUGCUACCCAUCCCACCUAAACGGGACUCCUCUAACCACAAACAUAAACAAUACCACUGUUUUUGGGUUCAGUAUCCAUCUGAUGCAGAUUUUCAUAAACACUUCCCAUGUGGAGGAGUGGUGAGUGCGAUGAUCACUUUUCAAGGAGGGAAUGACAAACUUACAAGUUAAGAAGCGGUAUAAACAGGCUUUUUCCCUCCCAUCUUAUCACAUGUCAAGAUGUUUUGGGGUUCGUUUUUUUGUGGUAAAAUGAUGAGAGGCAGCGAUCUGCCUCAACACAAAUCUUUUAGCCCUCAGAAUCGCCUGCCUGUACAGAGGAUGUGACAUGAUGGAAUUAGAGAGAGUAUAUAUGACUUUAUUGAAAAAAAUGUUUUAAAAGGAAAACAUCUAUUUCAACUGUGGAGAGUCUUACCACGGAUUUAAUUGCUUUGACUAGUAAGACGUCUUUUCCUUUAUGAGACCUACCAAAUGGUGUGUUUUUGCACUUUUUCAUUUGUGUUCCAUUUGGUGGCCCCAUGCUUGUUGUUUUGGAGCACUGAAUACUUUGUAUUGUGUUUAAUUUCAUGUGCCAAUUAAAUAUGCCUGAAAACAAAAA